CGGAACGCUCCCCCGCCAUUUUGUGGACUCGCCGGUGCGUUGGUCGGUUGUGGGGCUGCUCUCCGUGUUUCGUCGUUUUAUCAUCCCACAAGGCAGCCAUGGCCGAGAAUGAGAAUGAGCUUCUGGACUAUGAGGAUGCCGAUGAGGAUGAGACCGCGGAGCCUACCAUCGGGGACACUGCUGUCACAGCCACCAAAAAGGAUGUGAAGGGCACCUACGUCUCCAUCCACAGCUCUGGCUUUCGGGACUUCUUGCUAAAGCCUGAGAUCCUGCGUGCCAUUGUGGAGUGUGGUUUUGAGCACCCUUCUGAAGUGCAGCACGAGUGCAUCCCGCAGGCGGUGCUCGGCAUGGACAUCCUAUGCCAGGCCAAGUCUGGCAUGGGCAAGACAGCUGUGUUUGUGCUGGCCUGCCUGCAGCAGCUGGAGAUGGUGGACGACCAGGUGUCCGUGCUGGUUAUGUGCCACACCCGAGAGCUCGCAUUCCAGAUCAGCAAGGAGUUCGAGCGCUUCUCAAAGUAUAUGUCCACCGUUAAGGUGGCCGUGUUCUUUGGAGGCAUGCCGAUCCAGAACGAUGAGCAGGUGCUGAAGAACAAGUGCCCGCACAUCGUGGUCGGCACGCCCGCCGGACUGCUGGCUCUGGUUCGCACUAAGAAGCUCAACCUGAAAAAUCUCAAACACUAUGUCUUGGACGAGUGUGACAAAAUGCUGGAGGAACUGGACAUGCGGAGGGACGUGCAAGAGAUCUUCCGGAACACGCCCCACGAGAAACAAGUGCUCAUGUUCUCAGCCACCCUCAGCAAGGAGAUCCGGCCUGUCUGCAAGAAAUUCAUGCAGGAUCCGAUGGAGGUGUACGUGGACGACGAGGCCAAGCUGACGCUGCACGGACUCCAGCAGCAUUACUGUAAGGUCAAGGAGAACGAGAAGAACCGCAAGCUGUUCGAGCUGCUGGACGUGCUCGAGUUCAACCAGGUGGUGAUUUUCGUCAAGUCGAUCCAGCGCUGCAUGGCGCUGGCCAAGCUGCUGAUCGAGCAGAACUUCCCGGCCAUCGCCAUCCACCGAUCGAUGUCGCAGGAGGAGCGGCUGGCCAAGUACCAGCAGUUCAAGGACUUCCAAAAGCGGAUCCUGGUGGCCACCAACCUGUUUGGGCGCGGCAUGGACAUCGAGCGCGUCAACAUCGUCUUCAACUACGACAUGCCUGAGGACUCGGACACGUACCUGCAUCGCGUGGCCCGCGCCGGCCGCUUCGGCACCAAGGGUCUGGCCAUCACGUUCAUCGCCGACGAGACCAACGCCAAGAUCCUGAACGAUGUGCAGGAUCGGUUCGACGUCAACAUCACGGAGCUGCCGGACGAGAUCGACCUCUCGACAUACAUCGAGGGCCGCUGAAGACAUCCGGGCUCAGGUCUGCGCGUGGAGCGCGCCCGUACCGGCUGGUCGGCGCGGGGCGGGAGCACGUGACUCUCCGGGCUCUGAUCCGGCCCCCGGCCCCCGGGGCGGAGAGGAGUCGGUCGCGGUGCAGGGGGCCGCUCAGUCGCCGUCCGCCGCCCGCCGUCGCCGUCGCCCCGCUUUACCAAAGUGACGAGAGCGACAGUGUUGCGGCGCCACCUACUGUACAAUGGAGUGAAGUGGAACUGGCUUUGUGUUGUGUUGCGGACAUUGAUCACCGUGUGGAGUCAUACACGAGGCAAAAUAGAUGGCCAUCAUGUGAU